AUGACGUUAGAGAGCCGCAGACACACGGCACUCUUUAGCCUCCGUACCCUCAACUCUUACAACUUCCUGCCUCCAGCUGUCGCCCUGCUGCACUACUUCCUGUUUGCAGUUCUGGUCCGAUCGGCGCCCGUCAGCUCGCCGUCCAACCCGCCACCGGCGUUCAGAGAGGCGGCCGAGCGAGCGAAGAUGCUGGUGGAGAAAAUCCUGAGAGACAUCCCCGCCGUGCACGCCGCCACCGUCAACACGCAGGGUUUGACCCUCGACCCCUCGACCCAGACAGCAAACCUGCAGGUGAUGAUGCAAUCACUGAGAAUCCCCGCGGCGCCCGUCCUCAAACCGCCAUCAGAGCGCUUCACACUGGAGAUGAGUGUGAGUCGUAUGUCUGCGGGCAGCCGGCUGUACCAGGGGCUUCUGGGAGUUUUGUCUGACAGACUGAGCGGACUGAGCGACCUGCGAGCCGACCUCAGAGACCUGCUGACGCACAUCAACAAGAUGAGGGAGGCGGCUCAGCUCGGCGGCGCCAGCGGUGGCGUGGAUCAGGACCACGGUCUGGACCUGACCUCUCGCGGUGACUACGACGUCCAGGUGGCGGUCCACCUGACGCUGACGCAGCUUCGCUCCUUCUGUCACGACCUCAUCCGCAGCCUGAGAGCCGUCGCCACCUACAGGCCCAGAGCUGCAGGUGCACUGUAAGCUCCACCCACACUACGCUGCGUUCAAGGACACUGCUGAGGAGGCUGAAGGUCGUGAACUCAGGGAGGAACUCCGGUGACCUUUCUGACAGGGAUCACGUUUGUCCCUCGCAUGUCGCCGUACGUCAGCUGCACAGAGUGAGACGUCUUCCCAGAGAGACAAUCUGUGCUGAGGAUUUAUUUAUUGUUUAUUUAUUGUUUAUUAUUGUUUAUUUAUUGUUUAUUUAUUGGGACGUGUUUGUUUGGGAUUCAGAGGGCGACAGAAAGGAGUUUUAUUGUGGAGGGGACUCCCUCAGACCACAAUCAGCAGGAAUGUGAGAAUCUGAGAGCUGCAGGUCUGAACCUGUUGGAGUCCUGAAACCUGCUGCUCUCAACAGCGGCUGCAGAACAAAACUGGAACUUAUUUUCACUCUGAAAGUUUCAGUAACACAAACUCAAAACAUUAUUGAUGAAGUAUUUUUUAUUGAUUAUAACAUAAUAACACAUAAAAGCUGCUUCACCAACAAUGUUUUACACUUUGAGUUUGUUUUACUUAAAGGAAGUUUUACAGUGUAUGCUAUUGAUCGUUUGAUCAGUCCGUCAAUCAAUUUAUCAAUCAACAGAAAGUCAGUUGGCAGCCAUGUUUAUAAUCGAUUGAGAGUUUGAGGAAUUUUUUUACUUUUUGACCAAAAAAUUCAAACUAAUGGUUUUAUAAUAAUCAAUAAUAAUCAAUGAUCAAAUGAACCAUCUGAUCAGAACUGAGUGUA